AUGGAGAAUAACUUUGAACUGACCGAAGACAUACUAAAAGAUCUGAAAUGCUCUCUGUGCGAACAAAUCCUGUCUGUGCCGCCCGUAUCGAUAAUUUCAGAGGACGCAACUAAGUAUAAGUGCGGUAGAUGCCACGGCAUCAAAACGUACGUCGAGACUAGGUGUUACAUGUACGAAAAGCUAGCCAAACACAUGAUAUUCCCGUGUAUGUACGAAGGCUGCGACGAGAAACUGAAAUGGUCCACGGUUAGGGAGCACGAGAAAAAGUGCGAGCACCGCAGGGUGAUCUGCCCCAAAUUAAACUGCGACGCCAGCAUCGGCAUGGACGACUUCGUGCCCCACUUCAAGGAGAAGCACAGAGACUCGUACCACGAGGACAAGCUCACCGUAAGUAACGUGCACAACUAUUACAGCUUGGACUUGUUAGAGAAGGACGGUCGGGCCUACAUCGUCAUAUUCGACUACAACGACGUGUUUUACGGGGUCAGCGUUUGCUCGUUAGAGCCCGACAGCCACCAGUACGAGCUGGUCUUAGAUUCCGACUCCACCCGACAGUCCAUAGUAGUCUCGGAACAACAAAUCGUACUGUUCGACGAGAAAACGCACUGCUUCAAGUGCGUCGCGGGGGGCUGCAAGAGCGAGUUCCACCUGUUCCGGUACUACAAGAACGGGAUCUUAAAACGGAUGAGCACGAAGCUGUACAAGGAUUCCGUCACGAGGACCUUCCGGAACCGCCCUUUGAACUACAACCUGAACAUCGUCGAGGAGAAAACCGAGGCGGACGAAGACCUGGACGAUCUAGUCAAGGAUAUGGUCGUCGACGAAGUGAACGACGAUGAAGAGGAAGAGUUCGAGGUGUCGAAGGAGGAGGAGAUCGUCCGCCGGUUGUUACAGUGCCCCCACUGCAAAGAGUACAUGCAGCCGCCCAUCUAUCAGUGCGUCACGGGUCACAUAAUAUGCAACAAGUGCAAAACGACUGCGGAGAAAUGCCCGACUUGCCAGGAGACGAUCGAUGCCACGAGGAACUACAUCUUAGAAGACGUCGCGAACAAUUUGAAGCUGCCGUCCCAGCCCGCGAAGGACUCCGAAGGGGAGAGCAAGGAGAUCACUUGUCCGUUGACGAACUGCUUCGACAAGUUCGAUCUGACGACCAUCUCGUCGCAUUUCAAGGAGAAACACAUCGAUCACUACCACUGGAACAGCAUAACGUUGAAGAACAUCUACUCGUACUUCAACAUCGACGUUCUGGUGAAGGGGACGAAGACUUACGUCGUUUUAUUCGACUACAACGUCACCAACUUCGGUCUGAGCGUGUGUUGUGUGUCCGGGUCGGACGAUUCCCGGUACGAGGCGAAACUAACGUCCCAGGACGGCAAACUCGCCAUCGUAGCGACCGACCAGAAAAUAAUCCCCUUCAACGACGAGGAGCACUGCUUCAAGUGCAUCUCGGGCGCGUGUAAGGACGAAAGGCACAAGCACAGGCUGUCGAGGUACGCGCUGUUCAAACGCUUCACCACGAAGUUCAACCGCGAGUCGGUAAUGAGAACGUUCGGCCACAAGUCGUUGAGUUACGUCGUGAACAUCAUAGACGGCAAGAAGGUGUUCCAGAAGGAGCUGGCCAGGAAGAAGGACAAGAUCUUCCGUCAGAUGUACGAGUGCCCCAUCUGCAAGGACUACAUGCUGCCGCCGAUCCACCAGUGCGUCGCCGGACACGUCGUCUGCAACGCCUGCAAGGAUAAGGUGGAGAAGUGCCCGUCGUGCGAGGGCGCCUACACCGGCACCAGGAACUACAUCCUCGAAGAGGUGGUGGAGAAUAUCGUGCUGCCGUGUCAGUUCGUGACGGAGCGGUGCCCGUUUAGGGCGGGGGUGAAGAGGAUAGCGUCGCACGAGACGGAAUGCCCGUUGAACAGCAAGAAGGUGUGCGUCGAGACGGAGGAGAAGCCUGAGGAGGUCAAGGAGACUGAUUAGGAGUACGUCGGGGGGUUUGACGCAUGACACCGUAGGCGACCGAUUGUAUCGCGUGGCAGGGGUGUGGAUUCGAGAAAGGGAGUCUUUUUUUCAGUUCGAAUAUGUAAAUGACAGCUAUUGGUAUUUUUUAGGCGUAAUUUGAGGAAACGAUUAAAAAAAUAACCGUCUAUAAAGUAACGUUUAGGAGUAGUUCAGAUAACGUAACAGGCCCCCUUACGAUCGUUUGAAACUUGAAAUAUCCACGUUAAGUGAUCUUUUGUAGAUCGCCAUGUAGGCCAAGAAAAUAAGAUUUUCACUCGAAAAAAGUCCUA